AUGAGAAUUCCGCCGGUAGAAGUCAUUCUCAGUUGGCCACUACCGCGUUACGACAACCCCGAAACCAGAGGCCCGGCCAGCGAGAUCGUCGCCAUCAUCCUCCUGGCAAUCGCCACGAUCAUUCUCGCCAUCCGGAUAUACACGCGGCGAUGCAUCACCAAUGGGUUCGGCUGGGAUGACAUCCUCGUCGUCUUGGCCUUCGUCCCAGCCACGGGCUUCGUGGUCCUCGGCGUCAUCGCCACUAACAACUACGGUUGGGGACGGCAUGUAUGGGACGUGCCCACGGAUAUUCUCACUGGAUCCCUUCAGAUAGGGCUCGCCAGCCAGAUCUUGUUCGACCUUGCGACCAGUUUCACCAAGCUCUCGAUGCUUGCUCUGAUGCAUCGAUUCGCCUACGCCGCUUCAAACAAGCUGAGGAUACUGGUCAUGGUGCUCCAGGUCUUCAUUUCUGUAAAUUGCAUCGUCUUCAUGCUGGUAGUCAUGCUACAGUGCCGGCCUCUCAGGUUGUACUGGACGCUCUCCGUAGGACCACAGAACUGCAUUAACGAGGCCGCUCACCUCCUCGUCGCUAGCAUCAUCAACACUGCCACCGACUUCGCGGUGGUCCUACUUCCACUUACUCUUGUGCGCGUCGUCUACGCCGACAAGCUUACCCCGAGACAGAUGACCAUUGUCAAUAUCUUGUUUGGCGCCGGCUUCAUCGCCUCGUUCGCCGGUGUGGCCCGGACGUACUUUACCUGGAUCAUGACCACAGAGCCAGACGCGACCUGGAAUGCCUGGAUCAACUGGCUAAUGUCCUGUGUUGAGCUGUUUCUCGGCAUCAUAUGUACCAGCAUACCCUCGACCAAACCGUUUUUCAACAAAUACGUUCCCAAAUUGCUGGGCACAGUCUCGCGCAAGUCGCAUGCUGCCAGUGCCCCCGUACCCACGAAUAAAACUGCAAACGGCUUGGCAAUUACCAGUCAGGUCUCGAACGGUUCUGAUGCGAAGGAGCUUGAAGCCCUUUCGACAGAAUCAAAAUCACCAGCAGAGAAACGGUUCGGCGAGGCAGCACUCAACAAGCCAUUGCCAGCCGUGCUGAAGAACCACUCGGUCUACACCAUCAACAUUCAACUCGACGAAGCCAGCUUGGGCCCGGCAGAUAGGAGGCGUGCCGCCAGCGGUCGAACAAGAGAACAAACAGACUUGACCCGGCGCCAGGCAGUAAGCAACUUCAGUCGCCCAAGGAUCCAGCACGUGAGGAACAAUUCGGAGCCCUCCAGCCAGCACCGCCCGAGCAUUUACAGCCCAAUAGAAUACAGUCGCGAUAGCCACAUCACCACCGCCACCACUACCACGGCAGGCGAAAGCACCCGUCACAGUCGAAUUCUAGAUGACAUUGAGAGCAUAUACCGCCAAAGCAUCGACGACCUUGAGGCCGAGGUCCGUUACAGCGCCUACGACCACUACAGAUACUCGGCGGUGCCUGCGCCUCUGGGAAGACAUGCCAAAUCCGGAUCGAUCGGUACGUUUGGGGGGUAA